GCUACAUAUGCCUACAUGGUUCUGGGGAGCUGGGAGUGUGUUGAAUUUGGAAGACCACUGAGAGAAUUAGUGGCUGCAGGUCCUGACCCUCUCUGUGGGCCUGCAGGCUGGUUCCUGCCCGGGGCCCUGGGCAAGUGUGCUCUCCUUAAGGAAACUCCAGAUCACCAUGGGGGUCGCAUUGCCUCCUCAGGCGAGUUGUACAUUGGUGGCCAGGAGCACUUCUACCUGGAGACUCAUUGCACCAUCGCUGUCCCCAAAGGCGAGGCAGGGGAGAUGGAGCUCUUUGUGUCUACACAGAACACCAUGAAGACCCAGAGCUUUGUUGCAAACAUGUUGGGGGUUCCAGCAAACCGGAUUUUGGUCCGGGUGAAGAGAAUGGGAGGGGGCUUUGGAGGGAAAGAGACGCGGAGCACUGUGGUGUCCACGGCAGUGGCCCUGGCUGCGUACAAGACUGGUCGCCCUGUGCGCUGCAUGCUGGAUCGUGAUGAGGACAUGCUGAUAACUGGUGGCAGACACCCCUUCUUAGCCAGAUACAAGGUUGGCUUCAUGAAGACCGGGAAGGUGGUGGCUCUGAAGGUGGAGCACUACAGCAAUGCAGGGAACACCAUGGAUCUCUCCCAGAGUGAGAGAGAGAGACAGCGUGAGCAGGGGAGGGUCAGA